AUGGCUGCUACGAGGAGACUUCAAAAGGAACUAAACGACAUACGACAAUCUGGAUUGAAAUCAUUUAGAGAUAUUCAAGUAGAUGAAUCUAAUAUCCUUACAUGGCAAGGGUUGAUUGUUCCUGACAAUCCACCAUACAAUAAAGGUGCUUUUCGUAUUGAGAUAAAUUUUCCAGCGGAAUAUCCAUUUAAGCCACCUAAAAUUAGUUUCAAGACAAAAAUUUAUCAUCCUAAUAUUGAUGAGAAAGGUCAAGUGUGUUUACCAAUUAUAAGUGCUGAAAACUGGAAGCCUGCUACUAAGACUGAUCAAGUUAUUCAAGCACUAGUUGCCCUUGUAAAUGAUCCAGAACCGGAACAUCCUUUACGUGCUGAACUUGCUGAAGAAUUUUUGAAAGACAGGAAAAAAUUUACAAAGAAUGCAGAAGAGUUUACUAAAAAACAUAGUGAAAAACGACCAUCUGAUUAA